AAGUAUUCCAAAAUGCAAUACAGCAAGCGCUCCAAGGUUUAAACGAGGUACGAAAUAUCGCGGACGAUAUUAUUGUAUGGGGUAAAACCCAAGUCCAGCAUGACAAGAAUUUAGAAGCACUCUUACAGCGAUUAGUUAUCAAGAAACUUACAUUAAAUCUGGAGAAAUGCAAGUUUACUCAACCGUCACUUUGGUUCUAUGGCUACAUUCUGUCAAAGGACGGGCUGUCAGCAGAUCCAAAGAAAGUCGAGGCAAUUAAAAGUUUCAAAACACCAGCAGAUGCGAGUCAACUACGCAGUUUCUUAG